CCUUUUCCCUUAUUUGCAGCGCCACCUCUUCCUACGCCCCCACACAGCGCCGCACCGCCACCUUCCUCCUUCAUCAACCACAAAUCUCUACCUCUCGUCUCCCUUGGAGUUCAGCUCAGACCUUAACAUAUAAGCAAACUCUGACCCACUAGAUUAAGCAACCUAGCUUCACCACAAAGCAAACAUAAACCUCCAAACUCACAUCACUCUUCAUCCCACCCCCACAAAUAUGUAUAAAUUUCAAAACCCAGGCACUAGCUAUAUAUACACACAGACACACAAAAGGCCUAUUCGUUUUCAAAAGUCAUCGGUAGUAUCACUCACAAGGAUGUCCCACCCAAUCCGAGAACGCUUUGUCGUCUUUCUCGACGACUGGCUACUCCGGCAGCAGGCCCUGCCGGAGAGUUCAGUCAAGGAGGAUCGUCAGAGGCAUUUGAUCGAACAGGUUCUGUGUCACUACCAGCAGUACUUCCACGAGAAGUCCCGCAUCGCCGAGGAGGACGUUUGCGUGAUUUUCUCUCCUCCCUGGCUCAGCUCCUUCGAGAAGACCUUGCUCUGGCUCGCCGGCUUCAAGCCCACGCUGGUCCUCCGCAUGGUGGAGAGCUCCGUGGAGGAUUUGAACCCGGAGCAAGCGGUGAAGCUAGACCAACUGAAGGCGGAGACGAGGAGGAGUGAGAGGGAGCUGUCGGAGACAAUGGCGAGGAUUCAGGAGAGCAUAGCGUCGCCGCCGAUUUUGGAGACGGCGAGGAGGCUGGGGAGGUUGAUGGACGAUCCGAUUUCGACGCUGGAUGAGGCGAUGGAGGCGAUGAAGGCGGCGAUGCUGAGGUUGACUGAGAGCGCUGAUGGGCUGAGAGGCUCGACAGUGAGGAAGGUGGUGGAGGUUUUGAGUCCGAGUCAGACUGUGAAGGUUUUGGCGGCAGUGGCUCAAUUUCAGCUUAGAAUUCGAAGUUGGGGAUUGCAGAGAGACGAGCAAAACCAACACACCAAAUUUGGGUUUUUUAACGUGUAUUUUGGGCUUAGGCCCGUACAAUUGCAACAAUAA